UAUGUAUGAGCCCUCGUGGUUACCGAUUGAACUACUCCUCAGUGUAUUGUGCUAUGUGGUAGCAUGUUGUUAUUGUCCGCUAUCAUCGCUGCCAGAAUGGUGAAGCAGUAAAACUAAACACACUGUAAGUUGCACUUUUCGGAUGAAGCUUUAAAGCUCCCGUGUGCAUGCAUUGUGUGUUUAAUGACGUGUGUAGAUGCUUGCUAGGCGUUGCUAACAGGUAGCGGUCUGAUGUGUGUUAGUUAGGCGCUGGAGACUUGGUUAUUUCACACUUGCUUUUUGUCGUCUGUGAGAUAUUUUAAGUGGAAUAUGUUGUGGUAGAAAGGUCAAUUCUUUAGGGCUUGCACUGCAUCUCUGUGGAAGACAAUCGGCGAGGCUAUGUUGAUGUUAGCAUUGCGACGCUAGCAAAGUAAAGCAUCGGUAGAAGUUAAAGAAUGGCUGACAAAAAGGGAACCACUGCCCUUCCAGUCAAAACACUAACAAGGAAGGAAAAAGAAGUGCGAAAGAAAAAGGAGCAAGAAAAGGCAGCUGUGGUUUUUGAAGAAUUUUUAGCAUCAUUCGAGCCCAACCAGAAGAGUGGCGUAAAAACCUUUGUCCGCGGAGGCAUUGUGAAUCCAACUAAAGAUGAGGAAGCAGCAGAGCUCACUAAAAGUAGGCUUUAUCGACCUGCCUCAAAGUUUGUUCCUCAAUAUGAAGAUUUCCCACCAACUCAAUCUGCAGAGAGCAAAAAGUCUACGUUUAAAAGAAAGGUAGAUGAAAAGAAGAAGAGUAACCUAGAGCUCUUCAAGGAGGAACUAAAGCUAAUUCAGGAAGAGCGUGAAGUAAGACACAAAAGAAAGCAAAACGAACCAGCUGGUGGAGGACUUCUGGAAUCACCAUUGUUAGGACGACCAACAUUUUACGAUGACCCAACAGUGCCAACCUCCACUAACUUAUACAUCAGCUGUAUUAGUCCAAAGAUGAAUGAGGAGAUACUUUGCAAAGAGUUUGGUAAGUACGGUCCUCUGGCCAGCGUGAAGAUAAUGUGGCCUCGCACAGAUGAGGAGCGUUGCAGGACGUCCAAUAGAGCUUUUGUGGCUUUUAUGACACGAAAAGACGCGGAACGUGCUUUGGCAGCUCUUGAUGGUAAAGUGAUAAUGGGGUUUGAAAUGAAGCUGGGAUGGGGCAGACCAGCUCGAAUCCCACCUCAGCCGCUUUAUACUCCAGUGGGGGUAAGGGCUGCCCCACCACCCAAGUCUGGUCUUCCUUUCAACGCUCAGCCAAGGGAUCGCUUUCGAAACGACUUCACCAAACCUUUGGGCAUGUCCGAAGAAGAACUCGAAAAGACUCUGUCCGAAGCCGUAGUCAAAGUGGUUAUCCCGACCGAAAGAAAUGUAUUAUUCCUCAUCCAUCGAAUGAUAGAGUUUGUGGUGCGUGAAGGUCCUUUGUUUGAAGCCAUGAUAAUGAACAAAGAAAAAAGCAACCCAGAGUACAGCUUCCUUUUUGACAACAAGAGUCAAAACCAUGUUUACUAUCGCUGGAAAUUAUUCUCCAUCCUUCAGGGAGAGUCUCUAAGCAAAUGGAGGACUGCACAUUUCCGCAUGUUCCGCGGAGGCUCACUUUGGUGGCCACCCAUCCACAACAGCUACAUAGACAGAGAUGAGGGAAGGGAUCAAGUGGAGGAGGUCACUUCUCCCGAGGAGGAGGUGAAGAAGGGACAGCUCCGAGCUGAGCACAGACAGAAGUUGGACACACUGCUUCAAGAGCUCACUCCUAGCAGAGGAGACGUCGCCGACGCCAUGCUUUUCUGCCUCGAACGAGCGGACGCGGCCGAGGAAGUCGUGGGAAUCAUCACGGAAUCCUUCUCCUCGCCUCAGGCUUCACUUCAGAAGAGGAUUGCCAAUUUGUAUCUCGUAUCGGACAUUUUGUACAACUCCAGCGCCAAAGUAGCCGGAGCGUCAUAUUACCGGAAACAUUUUGAAUCAAAGCUGUUACAGAUAUUUGGAGUGCUUCAUGAAGUCUACAAAAACAUACAAGCCAGGCUGCAAGCUGAACAAUUUAAGCAAAAGGUGACGAGUUGUUUUCGAGCUUGGGAGGACUGGGCCAUAUACCCGCAGCCUUAUCUCAUCCACCUUCAAAACAUCUUUCUGGGCUUCGUCAAAGCUGGGGAGGAGUUGGCAUUAGUGGAAGAAGAAGAUUCCUCUGAGCUUGAUGGUGCUCCGUUAGCCAGCGAGCUAAUAGAUGGGGUGCCUAUGAAUAAAGGGCAAGCGGAUGACCUCGACGGCUGCCCCAUGGGCUGGGAUGCUCUGGAUGGCGUUCCCGUUGAUGACAUAGACGGUGUUCCCUUGGGAAGUGCCAUCGAUGACAUUGACGGAAUGCCACUGGUUGACAGCAAGGGGGUUCUCUCUAGAGUGCCUUUGUCCAAGUGGGAGAAGACGCCAGACGAUGAAACUUCCUUGGAAGCUUUGUCCAAGUCCAAGUGGACCGCUGCAUCAAGCAAGUGUGAUAACAAUGAUGUGAAUGUGAGUGUCAACUCACUGGUUCGAGGCAAAUCGGAGGGUGACAGCAGCGAUGACUCCAGCAGUUCCCCCAAACAUGACAGUGCACAUUUCCAGAGUUCACUCAAAGGUUUUCAAAUGUCGGAGACCCAAAGAAAAAAGCUGAGAGAGCUAGAAUUGAAGGUUAUGAAGGUCCAAGAUGAGCUUGAAAGUGGCAAGAGAGAGCGGAAGUCCGGCAUGAGCAUUCAACAGCACGUGGAGUAUUACAGGAACAAACUGCUGCAGAAGGAAUUUGAAAAAGAUGACGAUAAACCUGAGAGAUCGACACCCAAAUCAAAAGACCGGCCGGCAGAAGACAAAAAGGAGAAGAAGAAGAGCAAAAAAAGCGAAGACGGAGACAGACAACGGAGUCGAGACGCUGACAAGCGCAACCGAAAAUCAAAUAGCAACUCUCCUUUAAAGCAAGUGCCUCACAACAUUUGUUAUGUGCAAAAAUUUUGUUCUCAACGUUAUCCCGUCUCACUUCAGGUGUUCCCGACAGUCCAAACGGUCCCGAUCUCCAGAGUGGAAGGGGCAGAGAUCCCGAUCGCAGUCCCCACAUCGAUCCCACAAGAAGUCAAAGAAGAGUAAACAUUGACUCUCGCUUCCAUGCUUACAACAGUCAAGCAGGCGUCCACCACUCACAGUUCUCCGUUGUCUUGGUCCCGAACCAGUCCACCCCGCAAGAUUUCGGCUCUCUUUUGUAUCAUAUUUAGACACUUACUGUAUUUUUGUUUUACAUUUGUUUAUAAAAUAAUUUGAAAUGUGCAAUGUUCAAACAUUAAAUCACGUUUCGUGAUUAUA